CCCACACUUCUCUUCAGUGUGUGGAGAAGGUUUUCCAAUCACCUGUUGACGGCACAGUGGAUAGAAGUACGUCAUUCCUUUACCUAUACACUACAGCCACCGUGUGGUUACAGGCGGAACUGUUACACGCGUGAAUGGCACAUAUUUUCAAGGCAUGCAAGUUGAUGGAAGUGAUUUGAGAAGCAGAGGAAGCUCCGGUACGUCUCGUAUGUUUUCCUUGCGCUCACCUCGUUGAUUUUUACGGCGGAUGCCAGCUGGUUAUCACAACAUCCAGAGCUCUCUGCGGGCGCACAGAAAAGUUCACCUCCAUGUCUGCGUGUGUGUGUGCGUGCGUGCGUGUGUAAAUUCACGCUCCCGUGUGUGCUCAGCAGUCAGUUCUCGCUCUUAAUAGAGUGACCCCCCAGCACGCUGGUUAAAGGGAAGACAAGAGAGCUGAGUCAACGAAUCACAAGGAGAAGGAUGCAACAGUUGAUGUGCGCGAGUUGCACAGUUUUCUUGUAUUUGGAGACGGCCUGCACACUCGGAGGAUGGUGGCUUUGAUCUGUGUGGAGGAAGGAUCGGAUGUUUUGUCGCUUUAAAACCCCUUCAUCUGUCAGAUUAACCAGAAAUUAAACAGCCUAAAAAGCAGCGGGUGUUAAGUUACAGGCGCGUCUUUUUUUCCCCUCUUCCUCCAAAAUGGACAUUUGGACAGAAACGCAUUUGGAGGGACUUCACGCUCUGCUGGAAUGGAGUUGAAGUGCGGAUUUCGGAUGGUCUGCGGCGGCGAGUAGCAGCGGAGCCUUGUCUGCACCAACCAUGCAUCGGAUUCUGCAGAGGAGGCGAGUGCGCAAGCUGCGGGUCGUCUGGGCUUCUCUGGCCCUGGUGGCUCUGUCUCUGGCCGCGUGCAGCGCGCUGUUCACGGCGUGGACUUGGCGACAGACUCGGGACCUGUCCCAGUCCUUUAAGAUCUUGCAGGACCGACUGGAGCAGGUCAACACACAGAGGAAGGCCAUUGUUCAGCUCAUUCUGGAGAAGCGAGAGCUGCUGGUGGGGCAGAGAGUGAAGAGAGAUGGGGGAACGCUUCGAGGGAGGAAUGGAAAUGGAAAGAAAGCGGCGUCUCAUUUUGAGAUAACCAAAGUCUCCUCUCAGCAAGUGGGAGAAGGUGGUGUGAUAAAGGGCUGGGAAGAGAGGACGCUGAAUAUGAGUAAAGCGGUGAGGUAUAACAAGGAGCUGGGCACUUUCACUGUGGAGAAAGCAGGCGUCUACUUCCUGUUCUGCCAGGUGUUGUUCAACGAGCAGCAGACUCCGUACGUGAAGCUGGACGUGGUGACCACCGGCCAGAGGCCUCAGAAGCUGCAGUGCAUAGAGGGCUACGCGACGACCCCCUCUGCCGGGCCGCACUCUUUCCACUUUGUCAAGUCCUGCCAGGUGUCCGGCCUUCUGCGACUGGACAGAGGCACGGAGCUGCAGGCCAUCACAGGUUCAUCCUUCAGACUCCACACUGUGGGCAGCCCCUCCGCCUCGCCUCACGUCUUCAGCAUCUUUAAAAUCAACUGAAGCUCGUAGCUCAUCUGAUCUGGGUUGGAAGCUUUUUUUUUAAAAAAGUACAUAAACUCAUCAGAGUGCAACAGAACUUGUUUUUGUAUGGAUGAAUUUUUUUUUCUCCAUGGUAAAACAGUCAGAAGCAGUUGAGGGCAUCACAUCCUGCUACAGCCUCUUCCCAAAGACAUUAAUUUGAAAGACAAACCUGACAUUUGUGGAAGCUGUUGUGGAAAUUUUCUCUGGAAAGUGGUGCUGUUUUGGAAUGCAAAACACAGACUUUGGAUUAAAACCAAGACCCAAAGUGGACAAAAGGCCUCAAUGGAUGUCUGCCGGGAGAACAGAUGUGAUGGAAGCUGUUCUGUAGAUAAAGGGCUUCAUAUAAAAAGAAAAAUACUUGGAUGUUCAUCUUAGCCUUCGUAUCAUGUAAUAAAUCGUGCUUACACUGUCUUUAUAAGACUGACAGUAAAGCUGUGCAUGCACCUUUCACUUUUAUAUCACCGGUUGCCUCAAGAAGCUGAGAGCACAUCUGCAAGCGUCAGAUCUCGACACUAUAAAAGCCUACAUGAGUUGUCAUUGAUAUUUUAUACAAUACAGCAUCUGUGUGUGUGUGUGUGAAAUCUAAUGAAUCAAAAAAAAAAAAAAAGAAUCUUGUUCAUACUGAUUUUUAUGCUCUUUUACAAUUCAAUGUACUGAGUGUGAAAUUGCUGAAAGCCUUUUUAGACACUUUGUAUAUACUUCACACACAUUUUACAUAUGUGCAUAUCAAGUUAGGAGCUGGCAAAGAAACAUGGAUGUGAAUUUGUGCUCUUUUCUGAGGUCAGAUUUGAUUGUAAGGUAUUUUUUAUGUGUAGUAUACUUGGCUUUACUUUUAAAAAGUAUGUGCAAGUUAUAGAAGCGUACAUUUCCAAAUGUAGCCCUGUCUUUCUUUUCCGACUUUGUUAUAUGUUUGAUGACGCAACAAACAUCACUUCCAUGCCUGUAUGUUAAUCAUCUGAUAAAUUGUUCAUUAUUAUACCAUUAUUAUCAUUGAGAGGCAAUCAUUAAAUAGACUUGGGGAGGCCCCAGUGCAUUCAAGGCUGAAGUGUGAGUAAAAGUUGAUGUGGAAAUUUACAGAUUUUGAAUUAAAAAGGAGCAUUGUUAUUAUUCUUUAAAAUCAAGUUGUAGCAAAACACAUGGAAAAUGUAUUUAUGGAAAUUUACAUGAUAUACUCACUAAUUACACUGUAAAAUAUCACAACAUUGGAUAGACUGUCAUGAAAUCUACAUAUUCAUGGUCCCCUGAGGAUGAAGAGUUGUAACUUUGGUGAUUCCCUGACUUUUCAUUUGGCACCAUCUUCAGGUCAAUGUUUUAAUUUGUUCAAUAUUUUGGUUUUUGACCAAAUACCUGCAAAACUAAUGACAUUCCCAUGAAUAUCAGCUGUACUUUGUGUUUAAUGCUAAUAAGCAAAGCACGCUAACAUGCUAAACAUUGUAAGCAUUAUUCAUGCUAAACAUCACCAUGUUAGCAUUGUCACUAUGAGCAUGUUAGUAUGCUGAUGUUAGCACUUAGCAUCGCUGUUGACUUCUUGUUGAAUGUCACGCAGUGAGCAGACCAGUUUAGUAAAACAUUCUUGUCUUUGUUGCAGUGCUCCUUUACACAUAAAAACACUAAUAUAUAACAGCACUAAUAAGCAAAUGUUAGCAUGCUUACAUGUUAAACUAAAGUAAAUGUGAGCAUGGUAGCAUGCUAACAUUAGCAUUUAGCAUAGCGGUAAUUCAGGCUCAGAGAGCAGUUAGCGUAGAUGUUAUUUGCUCAAAUUUUGGUUCAACUUUUUCUUUUUAAACUCAAUCCCUAAAAGCCAGAAAUUAAUCCUAAUUCCGAAUCAGAUGUUCGACCCCAAAGCACAACUAAUUUUAUAUAUACUUACAUAUAUAUAUAUAUAGUGGGAAAUAGUGUGAUGUUGAAUCACAAGUUUAAAAGUUAAGUUUGAAAGAUAAAAAUCGAAACAGCUAUAUGUCUAUUUCCGAAUUAUUCAAGAUUUGGUUUGUAAAGUCGUCAACAUUUUGUCAGGGUCCUGCUUUUGUUCUGAUUGUUUCUCAGUCAUGUUGUAAGACUGUCACUUCUUUACUUUUUAAAUAUCUUUUUAAAAAUGAAACUCCUUCCACUCUUUCAUAUGGUGCUGCUGCUGCUUUCUGUAAUAUUUCCUGCUACAAUACAAACAGUGUGUAUUUCUAGCAGUGGGUUUCAGCACUCCCACUCUUGUUUAUAAGUAGUUUUUGUGGACGAACCGCAUUGGUUUCUCCUCAGCACUUUACUGCAGCGAACAGUCUUUUUAAUUGGAGCCAAGCAUUCAUGUUUUCAAAUGGAAAAAGUGUAGACAUUAGACAUAUAUCCUGUUUGAUUUCCUCAUCGUUUUCCUCUUUCCUCUUGUGUCUCACUCGUCUCCCCCACCACCCCAACAUCCCCAUGCACCUCAUAUUUCCCUGUCAGCACCGAUCAGACCGCACACACACACACACACACACUGAAUCCCUUGAGUGUCCUCUGCACACACACCAGCAGCCAUCUAAAUUUUCACUUCCUGAAUCUGAACCUGAACCACAGAGCUCAAAGUCUUUGAGGAAAAACAUGCCUCGUCCCUCCCCCGUCGCCCCCACACACUUCCCUGCCCCGAUUCCCUUUUUUUUUUUUUUUUAUAAAUGUCAAAGUUCAUUACCACCUCGGAAAAUCUUGUGAAUUCUUGUGAAGUUUUCUGUAAAAUGAUGAUGUAUGCAGUGCCUUAUUAUUUCCUCUGAACUCACUCAUCAUAAAUGUUGAAUAAACUUUUUUUUGUUGUUUUUGAAAA